AAAGAAACUGUUAGAAAAAAGAAACAAUUUGUUGGGUAAUACACAAAAGUAUUUCGAUUCAUAUUUAAAACUAUUACCAGUUAAUAUGCAAGAAACAGUUAAAUUUGCUGGAUUGUUAAAAGAAUUUCGAAUUAUCAAUAUUACAACAUAUUAUCAAUCUCUGAAUUCGAUUGAUACAAAAAAAUGAAACUUAUGUUACAAAUGAAGCAGUGGCAUUAUUGAAAAGUGAUUUAUAUUCGAAAUAUGUGCUGAAAAUUGAUGAAAAAUUGGUUAAAAGUCCUCGUGGAAAGUCGAACUUGAAAAAUAAACAUAUUGAUGGCAAUUUAGAUGAAAAUAAUAACAAUAAGAGGCAAAGUACGCAGUAAUAUUCACUUUAUAAAUAUCUUUUACCACUGUCGCACCUUACCACUUAGUCGUAAAAAUACUCGCUGAUUUCUGUGUAUUUAACAACAUUUAUCUUAUGUGAGCUAUAUUUUUACUUUAGGAUCAGAUGAAUUUGAUUUCAAUGAUACAGAUAUUAACAAUUCAAAUGAACCAGAAGAAAUUCAAACAGCAAAAACAUCACAGACAUCAGACUUCUACAAAAUGAAUAUGACAGACGAAGGCCAUGAAAACGGAAUGAGUGCAGUACUGAACAGUAACGAUUCACGGCAAACGGCUACUGCAGCAUUUGCAAUUAAUCCAACAAAAACAAUUCAAUCCAUUACAUUACCGUCUAAUACCCCAUACCUUCAUAUAUUUGCAAUGGGUACAAACUCAAUUCAACCAUCAUGUGCAGUCGGAAGUGUCACAAUACCCCCAUCCAUAUGUACGAGUAAUUUAAUAAGCGCAGCUCUUUCACAAGUUUAUAAUAACAAAGGUACAAGUGAUAAUACUGCUCCAAACUCGGCUAAUUUCGACGGCACGGGUUAUAGUUAUUCAGCUCAAGCACUUGCUAACAGUAGCGCUCACAUAACGCCUGGAGCAACUAUUCAACAUAAUGGCGUUUACUUUUUAUGGCCAAAUGCUACUUCUGGUACAAAUAACAAUGUUGUGGGAAGUGGACAAGUACUUAACGUGACUGGUAUGAUGGGCUAUACGCUUGGAUUCUUGGGCGCCGGUUCUGGUGUUGCUGGUGGAAACAUUAUCGUUACUUACACUGACGGUUAUACACAAACACUUCAAUUAACAUUUAAUGAUUGGUAUGCUGCUACACCCUUAGCUGGAACAGACAUUUUGGUUACGACUAAUUGGAAUGCAUGUACAACGGGUAGCUGUGGUAUCACCAAUCAUCAGGUUAACAUUUAUUAUUCAGCAUUUGCAAUUAAUCCAACAAAAACAAUUCAAACCAUUACAUUGCCGUCUAAUUCUCCAAGCCUUCAUAUAUUUGCAAUCGGUACAAGCUGUGUGCCAGGUCACUAG